AUGAUGAAUGAGUGCAUUUCUUGCCUACUUUCAGAAAUUGUCAUAGAGCGCCAACCUGACUCUGUAUGUGUGCCUAUAAACUACAAGGUGACCCUUAGUGUACGUGCUGAGGCUGCGGGCAUCCUCAAGUACCAGUGGUUCAUCCAAGGUGAUGAUGGUGAUAAUCACGAGGUAUACGGUGGAACUCAGGCAGCUCUGAUUGUCGACGCUGUUAAAACACAUUGCUACGUGUGCCGGGUGAAUGAUAACUUUUCCAACUGGGUGUUCAGUAGGUGGGUGAAAGUAAAGGUGCUGGACAUUGAUCCAUCAGGUUUGCCGCUGAAGUGGCAGGGGGAGCCCCACAUUGCUAUCAAACCGAAAUCCCAGACAGUCCAACCAGGUGCAAAAAUUACUCUUUGCUGCACUGCUUUUGGCAACCCUGCUCCAAGCUACCAGUGGUACAAAAAUGGAUGUUUGCUGUCAGAAAGGACUACUGACACACUGCUGAUUGAUCAUGCUGAAGCCAAAGAUAAGGGUACAUAUUUGUGCUCAAUUUCAAAUGAGCUAGAAGAGAUAUGGAGUGAACCUGUUGAAGUUGACGUUGUUCAAAAUGAUCAACUUCCUCCUUCAGCAACCAAAGCUGUUGACAAAGUUGCCUUACUUAUCGGCAACUUGAAUUACUCCUACCACCCUGGUCUAAUGGCCCCGGUGAUGGAUGUACAUGAGCUUGCCAACCUCCUGCAGCAACUGGGAUUCCGGGUCGUGUCUUUGCUGGAUCUCACCAAGGUAGAGAUGCUGGCUGCUGUGGACAAGUUUUUUCAGCUCCUAAACAGAGGAGUCUAUGGCCUUUUCUAUUACGCGGGUCAUGGAUUUGAGCAUGGCGGGAGGAAUUACUUGGUGCCUGUGGAUGCUCCACAACCUUACCAAACUGGAAACUGUUUGUGUGUUCAGCGGGUGAUGCUUAGCAUGCAGGAACAACAGACUGCGCUGAGUGUUAUCCUACUGGAUACUUGCCGUAAAUGGUACAAACAGCAGUGCAUACAAUCAACCAUCAUGCCACUGCAGCCAAAAGGAAAUACUGUGUAUGGUUACGCCACAUGUGAAGAUGCUGAGGCUUUUGAAGUCCAGGAUGGAGGGAAAAGUACAGGAAUCUUCACCAAAUACUUGAACAAACACAUUCUUCAAGCGGAGAAAGUCACACAUGUCCUAGAGAAGGUGUCGGAGGAUUUGGGGCGGGACCCUCUGAUCACAGGCAAGCAGGCUGUGGAAAUCAAACACACACUAAAAGAACCUAGAUCCCUUGCAGAUCCAGUUCAGACUGUGGGUCACACAAGGGAACUCCACUUGAGAGAUUUUUGCUGGCGACAAGCAAACGUGCUACCAAGGAAGAAGCAGAUGAUGUUCCUUUGUGGAGUAGACGUAGAAGUCAGUUUUUCAGCAUUGUUUUCGAAUGUCUUGGUGGCCUUUGGAGUUAUAAAAACCACAGGACCCAAAACGGACAACUGCAACAUUACUCUGAGUAGCAUACCUGCAAUGGAAGACACUUUUUCUGGUUUUGGGAGUUAUGACACAGACUCCACAGUAUUUGAAAGCAAUGAUAACCCAGACUGUACUCUUCGAGUGUGUGGACUUCAAAAGCUUAAGGGAUCACUGGUUAUCAGAAUAGAUCUACACUAUACUCACAUGGACAGCAAGCAACGGCACAUGGAAAGCCAACAGGUGGACAUUGGAAAACCUUUGGUGGCAUCCUGUGAAUUGUACAAGACAAUCAAAACCACAUCGCUCAGGAAACAAGACGCUGCUUGUUCCCACAGCGCGGGGAAAUUUUUACACAGCGAGCAACCGAUGAAUAAGACUCAGGCUGGUCAAUGUCGGCCUUUUACCAGGAAGGUUGAGUGUGGUGUUCAAAAAGCCUUGAAGUGUAACGAGCCUGAGGAGAAUGAUGAAAGUGAGCUAGAAGACUUUAUAUGUUAA